AUGUCUUUUUCUUGCUUUUAUCACUUUCAUGCCCUACAAAACCGAUCGGAAGCCUUGCUCGUGCCUGGUUCAUUCGUGGCCGUCGCCUGGCUCGUCUGGAGGCCUGUUCGGGGCCAACUCGGCCUUCCCGACGAAACAGUGAUGGCGUUGACAGACAUAAACAAGGACAGACAAACAAGUAGAAUCUGGCCAAACGACGGAAGAAGGGAGACAAAUGCGUCCUCCUUGUACCGACCGGGGGCUGGUUGGAAAAAGGGUAAAGAAUUGCAUCUGUUCCACGUGUUGAUGUGCGCUUUCGAGGCGGACCUGUUUAGGCUCUGCUUUCACUCGUCGUCAAGGCCUGUGUCUCUCGAACCGGGAAGGUGUGAGGCAUUAGGCUUCUCGUAUCCACACGAGUUCAGCUCGAUGAGUGUCGCGCUCACUUUUUAA